AACUCCCCACCUCUCCUCUCUCGCUCUCUCUCACUCACUAACUACCCAAAACACAGUUGAAUUCAUCUCUUCUCAGUCAAUUCCAUCUCUGGCUAGCUAGCCUUCAUUCUGAUUUCAUCAACACAUAUAGUUAGUUUAAUUAUCGAUCAAUGGCCAUCCCCGGGUUCGAGGGUUUCGAGAAGCGCCUGGAGCUCCAUUUCUCCGGCGACGAUCCCGCCGCCACCCUCAAAGGCCUCCGCCACCUCGACUUUAACCUCCUCGAAGAAGUCCUCCGCGCCGUCCAAUGCACCAUCGUCUCGGCGGUGGGCAACCCCCACUUCGACGCCUACGUCCUCUCCGAGUCCAGCCUGUUCGUCUACCCCACCAAGAUCAUCAUCAAGACCUGCGGCACCACCCAGCUCCUCAAGUCCGUCCGCCCCCUUCUCCACCACGCCCGCGACCGCCUUCGCCUCACCCUCUCCUCCUGCCUCUACACCCGCGGCUCCUUCAUCUUCCCCUCCGCUCAACCCUUCCCACACACCUCCUUCAAACAAGAACUCCUCUUCCUCGAAGACAGCCUCCCCCCCUCCUUCCGCUUCCGCAAAGCCUCCGUCCUUCCUUCCACUCUCCUCUCCCGCUCCUGGCACGUCUUCUCCGCCACCGACGACUGCUCCACCCCCCACCUCAACAAUUCCGAUCCCUCGUACACCAUCGAAGUCUGCAUGACAGACCUCGACCCCCUCCUAGCCCGCAAGUUCUUCCGUUGCCCCGCCGACGCCCGCACCGGCGCUGCCGCCGGCAAGGAGAUGACCGAGGCCACCGGCAUCGCCGACAUCACCCCCGGAGCCCUCAUCUGCGACUUCGGAUUCGACCCCUGCGGCUACUCCAUGAACGGAGUCGACGGCGACCGCUACUCCACCAUCCACGUCACCCCGGAGGAUGGCUACAGCUACGCCAGCUUCGAGUGCGUGGGGUCCGUGUACGACGGCGGCGACGACGUGGCCAGGAUGUUGAAGAAGGUGGUGCAGGUGUUCCGGCCGGCCACCAUGACGGUUUCGACCACCUGCGUCAUGGGAGAGGUUUGGCGGCGUGUGGCCGGCGCGCUCGAGCCGCUCGGGUUGAAGUGCCGGAGUUGCGCCGCCGACGAGUUCCCGGCUGCGGGAAGCGUGGUGUUCCAAAUGUUCACGGCUCGCCGGAAGUAAGCCGGCAAAGGAUGGCGGCCGGAGGAGGCUGCGCGGCCGUCGUGGAGCUGGUGGUGGGUAGAUAUGCAAGAUAAGGGUCGAGGUCAAAGAGACAAUGGAGGGAGUAGGAGUUAGAGUUAGUUGGGAGGAAAUUUUACCUAGAGAGCUAGCUAGCUAGGGAAGAGGCCAGGAUGUGCAUGCAUGGAUGAUGAUGAUGAUGCAUGAUGCAUGGAUGAAUGGAUGGAUGGAUGGAUGGAUGGAUAUGCAUGGAUGGAUGGGUUGACUUGUUGGGAAAGGCAAAAGGAAGAGGAGAUGUGGAGGCCAGGAAGAUGGGAAAAGUGGGGGAUCAUGAUAAUGCACCCCACUUGGCUUUGUCACGCCUAUGAUUUUGAGAGCUUCUGUUGUAGUAGUAGUAUUAGUGCUCAUCUUGAGGUUACAUGAUCUCUUCUCUCUCUCUCUCUAUCUCUUCUCUGUCUCUCUCUCUAUUCUUUUUUAUGGGUCUGUAUUUUUUUUUUUUUUUGGGUCUUUUUGUUUCCCCUUACUCCCUCCAUUAUCUCUUGUCAUGUUUUUGGUUUAGUUUUUGAAAGGGAAAAUUA